AUGGUGAACGAGGACAAAUGGGAGCUGAAGCCGCAUCCCGUGAUUCCCCGCGGGAAGCCGCUCGUGCUUAUGAUCCUCGACGGGUGGGGAGAGAAUGUCGAGGACGACUAUAACGCGAUCUACAAGGGCAACUGCCCGCACAUCAAGGCGCUGCGCGAGAACCGCCCUAACCGCUGGCGCACGAUCAAGGCGCACGGCAAGGCCGUGGGGCUGCCGAGCGACGGCGACAUGGGGAACUCGGAAGUGGGGCACAACGCCAUGGGCGCGGGGAAGGUCAUCAACCAAGGAGCGGCUCUGGUGGACACGGCGCUCGAGACGGGUGACAUGUACAAGAGCGACGGCUUUAACUACGUCAAGGAGGCGUGGGACAACGGCGGCACGCUCCACAUGAUCGGCCUGCUCAGCGACGGCGGGGUUCACUCGCGCUACGACCAGGUGAUCGGCACCAUCCACGGCGCGUGGGAGCGCGGCGCGAAGCGCGUGCGCGUGCACGUGCUGACGGACGGUCGCGAUGUGCCGGACGGGUCGUCGCUGCAGUUUGUGGCGCAGCUGGAGAAGGAUCUCGAGCUGCUGCGCGCGCAGGGCUGCGACGCCAAGAUCGCGUCUGGUGGCGGGCGCAUGCGCGUCACCAUGGACCGUUACGAGGCGGACUGGAAGAUCGUGGAGCGCGGGUGGCACGCGCACGUGCUGGGCGAGGCGCCGUUCAAGUUCAAGUCCGCCCUGGAGGCGCUCAAGAAGAUCAAGGAGGACGACCCGAGCGUGAACGACCAGUACUACCCGCCGUGGGUGAUCGUGGAUGACGAGGAGAAGCCCGUUGGACCGAUCGUGGACGGCGAUGCCGUUGUUAUCUGGAACUUCCGUGCGGAUCGUGUGAUUCAGAUCUCCAAGGCCUUUGAGUACCCAGACUUCCAUCAGUUUGACCGCAUCCGCGUGCCCAAGGUGCACUUUGCAGGCAUGAUGCAGUACGACGGCGACCUCAAGCUGCCCGCAAAGUUCCUCGUCGCGCCGCCCGUCAUCGAAAACACCUCCGGGCAGUACCUCGUGAAGAACGGCGUGCGCACUUUCGCAUGCAGUGAGACGCAGAAGUUUGGGCACGUGACAUUCUUUUGGAACGGCAACCGGUCGGGCAAGCUGGAUGACGAGCUCGAGACCUACUACGAGGUGCCCAGCGACAACUGCCCCUUCAACGAGAAGCCCAAGAUGAAGGCGCGCGAGAUCGCGGCUGCGUGCAAGGAUGCGAUUCUGUCGGGGAAGUACGACUACAUUCGGCUGAACCUGGCGAACGGUGACAUGGUGGGGCACACGGGUGUGUUCGACGCCGUGCUGGAGGCGUGCGAGGCGGUGGACGGCAGCGUCAAGGAGCUGCUGGAGGCGGUGGAGCAGGUGGGCGGCAUCUAUUGUCUGACAGCAGAUCACGGGAAUUGCGAUGACAUGGUGCAGCGCAACAACAAGACCCACAAGCCCAUCCUCGGCCCCGACGGCACCCCAGAGCCCCUCACCUCGCACACCCUCGCCCCCGUUCCUAUUGCCAUUGGUGGUCCCGGGCUGCCAGCCAACAUCAGGUUCCGGCAGGACAUGCCGAAUGCAGGCCUUGCCAAUGUUACAGCCACUUACAUAAACCUGCUCGGAUUCGAGGCUCCUGAGGGCUAUGAGCCAUCUCUGCUCGAGGCUGCAGCGGCGAUGGACGUGGGAGUGGGGUCGCUCAGCGAUCCUGACGACGCGCCUGGCCUCGCUCACUUCUUAGAGCACAUGCUCUUCUAUGCUAGCGAGAAGUACCCUAUCGAGGACAGCUACAGUGACUUUCUCAACAAGCACAGCGGGCGGUCGAACGCGUACACGGCAGCGGAGAACACCAACUACCAGUUCGACGUGGCUGCUGAGUUCCUGGAUGAAGCACUUGAUAGGUUUGCCCAAUUCUUCAUCUGCCCGCUCAUGUCAGCCGAUGCCACCAACCGGGAAAUCAAUGCGGUGCACUCAGAGCACACCAAGAACCUGAUUUCCGACCCAUGGCGGAUCAACCAGCUUCAAAAGAGCUUCUGUUCGCCCCAGCAUCCCUUCUACAAGUUCAACGUUGGAUCGCUGGAGACGCUAAAGGAGGUGCCAGAGGCGAGUGGGAGGGACAUACGGCAGGAGCUGGUAGCCUUCUAUGAGAAAUACUACUCUGCUAACCUCAUGCACCUCGUGGUGUAUGGCAAAGACUCUCUCUCGUCGCUGCGGGCCAUGGUGGAGAGUCGCUUUGCCCUCAUCCCCAACAAAGCACUGCGGCAGCCUGACAUCCCUGGCGACCCCUGCGGUCCCGAAUACACCAAGAAGCUAGUGCGGGCAGUGCCAGUGGCAGAAGGGCACAAGCUGGAGCUCGUGUGGCCCACCCCGGCCGACCAGCACCUGCACCGCGCCACACCCACGCGUUACCUGGGCCACCUCAUUGGGCAUGAGGGGCACGGGUCGCUGUUUGCACUGCUCAAGAAGAAAGGCUGGGCCACCGCGCUGGGAGCGGGGCGCAGCCACAGCAGCAAGCACUACGCCUUCUUUGCUGUCAACAUCGACCUCACAGACCUGGGCCAUGAGCACGCAAUGGAGGUGGCGGAGCUCGUGUUUCGGUACAUCGGGCUCAUUCAGAGCGGCCAGGGCAUUCAGCAGUGGAUCUUCGACGAGCUGGCAGCGGUGUGCGCCACCAAGUUCCACUUCCAGGACAAGCAGCAGCCCUUCUUUUACACGUCCGCCAUUGCUGCCGGCAUGCAGCUGUACCCACGGGAGGACUGGCUAGCAGGUGCCUCUCUCCCACGAGACUUUGACCCUGCUGUUCUAGCUGACCUCGCCAAGGCCCUCACUCCCGACAACGUGCAGGUCUUUUGGCUGUCGAAGCGGUUUGAGGCGGAAGCAACAGAGGAGGAGCGCUGGUACAAGACAAAGCACUCCGCCCAGAGCAUCCCGGAUGACUUGCUGCAGCGCUGGAGGGAUGCAGUAACAGCUGCUCCUGACGCUGGCCCUUCACCAGUUGCCACCACGCCUCUUGUGCCCAGUGCUGCUGCUGAUGCAGCCAGUGAAAGUGUGGCUGCUGCUGCUGCUGCUGCUGCUGAUGGUGCGGGCAGCGCAGCAGGGGAUGGUGGGAGCAGCAGCGAGCUGCAUCUGCCGGCUCCCAACGAGUUUGUGCCCACCGACCUGGAUGUUCUCACGCCGCCCACUGGCAAGGUCUCCUCCCCCACAGUCAUCCACGCCACCCCCAUGCUGCGCCUGUGGCACAAGCCAGACACGCUCUUUGGCCUGCCCAAGGCCGUGCUCUUCAUGCAGCUCGCCUCGCCUGAAGCCUACACCUCCCCUCGCUCCGCCCUCCUCACCCGCCUCUUCGCCUCUCUGCUGCAAGAUGCCCUCAACGCGUAUGCAUACGAUGCUGAGAUCGCAGGGCUCAACUACUCCAUCGUGCCAAGCGUGCACGGCAUUCAGAUAUCAGCAUGGGGCCACAAGCUGCUACUGCUGGUGUCUAAGAUCAUCGACCGCCUCGUCACCUACACUGUUGAUGCCGACCGCUUCCACGUCAUCAAGGUGGGGUUCCACGUCAUCAAGGUGGGGUUCCACGUCAUCGAGGUGAGCUUCCACGUCAUCGAGGAGAAGGAGCAGCGGGAGUUUGAGAACUUCCGCUAUGACCAGCCGAGAAGGAGCAGAGGGAAUUCGAAAACUUCCGCUACGACCAGCCAGUACGCACAGGCGCUCUACUCCGCAUCGCUGCUGCUGGCGCACCGGCGCUGGCACUUCUCAGACUACCUUGCUGCGCUGCCUGCCCUGCAGCCAGAGCACCUCUCCGCCUUCCUGCCCUCGCUGCUCUCCCACGUCUCCCUCCAGCUCUUCGCCUCAGGCAACAUCGCCCCCACAUCAGCAAUCGCAUUCGCCCAGGAGACGGAAUCCCGCCUGCGAUCCAGCCCGAUCGCAGCAGCACAGGCCCCCGUUCCCGCACAGCGGCCUGAGCUGCGCAUGGUGCGGCUGGGCGAUGGCAGUGCUGCCGUGCUGGCUGGGGAUAACCUCAACCCCUGA